GGCAGUGACAAUGGCAGAUUCUUUUUCCCAUCGUCACACCGACAAAAUUCAAGGGCUACUCGUCCACGAGGUAGGUUUUGAGGAACUCGGUCCAAAGUUUAGGUUGCAGAAUCUUUAUUGACUGGGGAGAUCACAUGAUGAUCAUCCGCCGGAGACAUGCUCGAACCCAUUCGAUGGCUAGGCGGCGCAAGCGACUCUUCGGCGGCGUGGAACCGACCGGCGGGGAGGAGGAUCGAAUGUGCUGGAUCUGCCUGAUGGGCGACGAGGAGCAGCCGCGUCGCGACUGGGUGCAUCCGUGCCGCUGCCGGGGCAGCAAUAAGUGGGUGCACGAGGCCUGCCUCAGCCGGUGGAUCAACGAGAAGGAGAUACUGGCACCGGAUGUGCCCGUGACAUGCACCCAGUGCCGCACCGAGUACAUUGUCGUGAUGCCACCGCUGUGCCGCUUCGAUGCGUUCCUGAAUCGCCUGGACAAGGAAUACCAGCGCAUGUGUCCCAGUGUACUCAUGGGCAUCGUGUCGGGCACCGUUUACUUCUCGGGCAUGUCUUACGGAGCUCUCACUCUGCUCGAGCUCUCCGGCAACGAGAUUGUCCUGCAGCUGCUGCAGCAAGAUCCCAUCUUGAUGAUGAUCCUGCUGCCAUCGGUGCCGAUGAUGUUGCUCAUGAGCCGCCGGAUACACUGGGAUGAUGUCCUGGUGCGCUGGCUACGACGUCGCCAGCGGAGUAGAGUGCCACCGGAGCAGAUGAACGCGUUGGGAGAGCCGCUGCCGGGCGCCCCUCUGGACGAUGAUUAUUUUGAGGAGCUAGAGCGGCAUCGGGGUGAAGUUGAGGCCGCGGAGCACUUGGGUGGCGUCACGCCUGGAUUCUGUGCGGCCCUCAGCCUGCCCAGCAUUGCCGGCCUCCUCGGUCAGACGCUUUUCAGCGGCAUCUACGAGACCAACAAGCUCCUGGCUAUUGGGCUGGGCGGUCUGACCUUCGUGGUCGUCAAGGGCGUGGCCAGUAUUUAUUUGCGCCAGGCCCAGUACCAGCAUAGGCGCCAGCGAAGUGUCCUUAACUAUAACCAUUCCCAGUCGCAAACAGUUCUAGCUGCGUCCCUGAGGUUUUAGAUUCUCUCUUAGUCUGGAAUAGCAAUCCAAAAUUGAAUGUGUGUGGAGAAUGCCCACAGAAUCGUAAAUCUAUAUAAUAAAUUGUUUAUUCAUGCUGAAUAUGCCAGCAACAUCCUA